AUGCAGCCGCCUGGAACCCCCGCGCUGGGGGACGCCGCAGAAGUAUUCGCAGGAAGAAAGAAGACUUCCCUCUGGUUUGUGGGGUCUCUGCUGGCAGUGUCCAUCUUCAUCCUGAUCGUCGGCCUGGCUGCCACCACCAGGACGGAGAAUGUGACAGUGGGUGGCUACUACCCAGGCAUCAUUUUGGGAUUCGGAGCUUUCUUAGGAAUUAUUGGCAUCAACCUGGUGGAGAACCGAAGGCAAAUGUUGGUAGCUGCAAUUGUGUUUAUCAGCUUUGGUGUGGUGGCAGCAUUCUGCUGUGCGGUAGUCGACGGCGUGUUUGCAGCACGACACAUCGAACCAGGCCCCCUCACCACAGAGAGAUGCCAGUUUUACUCUAGUGGGGUAGGAUACUUCUCUGACGUCUACCAGACAGAGGUCACCUGUCAUUCCUUGAACGGCAAGUGUCAGCUGAAGGUGAGAAGCAACACUUGCUACUGCUGUGACCUGUACACUUGUGAGAGCAUGGAGUCCUCACCCGCCUACUAUGAGUUUGUCGGUGUGCGUAGCUGUAAGGAUGUGGUCCACCUCUACCGCCUGCUCUGGGCCUCAGCACUUCUGAAUGUCCUGGGCCUGCUCCUGGGCAUUGUCACAGCUGCUGUCCUGGGGGCCUUUAAGGACAUGGUGCCUCUGUCCCAGCUGGCUCUUGGCCCGUCCACCCCACCUCAGAUCCUGUACAGCCCUGCCCAGCAGGUCCUGGCCUAUACAGGUUUCUGCCAGCCGGCCGCCACCAUCCCAACUUGCUCCUCCUACCCCCUGCCCCUGCAGGGCACCCUGGGCACAGGAGCUCCCCAGCUGUGA